UCCUGUUCCCACUGCCGCCCUCGCUUUGCUUGCUCCCUCGCACCCCGUCAAAGCAGAGCAGAGCAGAAAAGAAACCAAAUCAAUCAAAUCCAUGGGGAUCGUGGAGGAGGCUCACAACCUGCGGGUGGUCGGGGAGGGCAAGCGCGGGGUGAUCGUCCUGGCGCACGGCUUCGGCACCGACCAGUCCGUCUGGAAGCACCUCGUGCCGCACCUCGUCGCCGACUACCGCGUCGUCCUCUUCGACACCAUGGGCGCCGGCCCAACCAACCCGGACUACUUCGACUUCACACGAUACGCCACGCUCGAGGGCUACGCGCUCGACCUCCUCGCCAUCCUCGAGGAGCUCGGGGUCGCAUCCUGCAUCUACGUCGGACACUCCGUCUCUGCCGUCAUCGGGGUGCUCGCCUCCAUCUCCAGGCCCGACCUCUUCUCCAAGCUAGUGCUCCUUUCCGCCUCUCCCAGGUACCUCAAUGAUGCAGACUACUAUGGGGGAUUCGAGCAGGAAGAGCUUGAUCAGCUGUUUGAAGCAAUGGGGUCAAACUACAAGGCCUGGUGCUCAGGUUUUGCACCACUCUGUGUUGGAGGGGACAUGGAGUCGGUGGCAGUUCAGGAGUUCAGCCGAACUCUCUUCAACAUCCGUCCAGACAUUGCCCUGAGCGUUGCCCAGACGAUAUUCCAGAGCGAUGUGCGCAGCCUCCUCCCCCUCGUCACAGUCCCUUGCCAUAUUGUUCAGAGCACCAAGGACCUGGCAGUGCCAGUUGCGGUGUCAGAGUACCUGCACAAGAAUCUCGGUGGUGACUCCAUCGUUGAGGUGAUGCCUUCCGAGGGCCAUCUCCCCCAGCUUAGCUCGCCGGACAUCGUCACCCCAGUCUUGCUCCGACAUAUCCAGCAUGAUAUUGCAUUCUAGGUCGUGCCACCAUCCCUCCUAGAAGAUAUAUUGAUCGGAAGCCAGUAUCUGUAUUUCACUUUUAUUCAGUGUAGGAUCCCCCCACCUGUUGUUGCCAUAAUAAGUUUCAUAUUCACCACGCGUUGUAAAUCGUUUCAAAAUUGUAGUGUACAUUGUAAACCAUUGUCCGUUUCUAAAUGUGUAUAAUAAUCAUGUUGGUAUCCAA